AUAAAUAGGGUUUGGGGGUCCCUCUUCAAAGUUGAAAGGAUAAAGUGGGGUUGGCUUCUGGCUGCUGUUGCUGCUGCUGCUCCUCCGCCUGCUUCUGCUCCUCUAGGGCCUUUUCUUUGUUGGGUGUCGGGGAUUUUUUCUCAAUUUUUCUGGGUUUUACUUGGAUUUUGAUUUGGGUUUCUUCAUGGAGGAAGCCAAUCAAAACCAUCGCCUUGAUGAAAAGGAAGGAAGCUCCAAUGGAGGCUGUCAAAACCAGGACAGUUGCACCGUAGAUUCUUCGAAUCUUGCCAAGUCUGAAGGGAAUUUAUCGGAUCCCCACAUGGAGCCGCCGUCUACGGCGGUUCCGAAGAAAGAAAAGGAAGGGAUUAUGGAGCAUGGAUUGGAUAUUAUGCAUCCUUUGAGUCUCUCUCAGAUACCGUCGACGGUGGCGAAGCCAGUGAAACGUCCUUCCAAGGACCGCCACACAAAGGUUGAGGGCCGCGGCCGGAGGAUUCGGAUGCCGGCGGCUUGCGCCGCCCGUAUCUUCCAGCUGACCAGAGAACUCGACCAUAAGUCUGACGGCGAGACAAUCCGGUGGCUACUCGAGCACGCCGAGCCGGCAAUUAUCGAAGCGACGGGUACUGGCACCGUUCCGGCCAUCGCCGUUUCCGUCGGCGGGACGCUUAAAAUCCCAACCACAUCCCCGGCGAGGCCGAAUGGGGAAAUUUCUGAAGCACCAAGGAAAAAACGACGAAAAGACUCAAACUCCGAAUCAAACGAUUGCAACGAUCAAGCAACCGUUUCCUCGGGUCUUACGCCGAUUGCUCCAAUGGCGGCUUACGGUGCCGGCCUUGUUCCAUUCUGGGGCAGCGCCGGCGGGGUUACAGAGCCGUUCUUCAUGUUUCCGGGAACACCAAACAACCACCAACCGCAGCUGUGGGCAGUGCCGGCAAGACCCAUAUCUAAUUUCGUAUCAUCAAUGAAUCCCAGUUUGCAAUUUGGGGGUGUGAUGCCGUUUCUGGCGAGAGGUGGUGUUUCAAAUAGUUCGAGUGGGUUAGAAAGUGGAUCUUCCCCGGCGACGGCGAGUGCUCCAGCGACAACCAGUGGUAGCACACAAAUGUUGAGAGAUUUCUCGUUGGAAAUUUACGAGAAGAAGGAGCUUGAAUUCAUGGGUCGACCAAGCCCCGCAAAGACUGAAACGCCAUGUUCGAAACCUUCAAAAAAAUAAUGACUUUUUUUUUUUUUUUUUAACUCCCAGUGUUUGUUAUCGUUGUUGUUGCUGUUGUUUGGUGUGUUAGAACUUUAGUUACAAACAGGUUGGGCAAAAGAUUGUUUUCCCACUAAUAAAUGUUGUCAGCACUGUAAAAAGAUUAGGAUACAACAGCCCCUCCUCCUCCUCCGCCGCCGCCUCCCUCCUCCUUUCUCCCAUUUUUAUUUUACUCUGUUCUCUCUCUGUUCUCAAUUUGUUCUUGUUUAUAUCCAGUUUUACUGCCACUGCUAACACUUGCGAGACUGAAAUCUUUUGCCGUUCUUUUUAA